CGAGGUUCAUUCGAUAAUCCGACUGAGCUUCUUGUAGGACAUCCCGAAGGCGGGUCCACCGAUGCCUCUUCUUCGACAAUCAAUCCACCCGGAGCUGUGUACAGACUAGGCGACGACAGGGUCAACCUUUGUGACUACGCAAUUAGGCCCCGUACCGAGGCGGGCGGAACUAAUGACGGCCAAGAAAAUGAACGGGAAUCUUCCGAAACUUGCAGUCCAAUCUCCUUCAAGUCUUUUCCUGCGCUUGGAGUUCGGCAAAGCACGCAAGACUGGUUGAACCCGCCAUCCAACAUGCCCCUCCAAACCAAGAGUACGAGCAGUCUUUACCACCUCGGUAUUGAUGCGCGAAGCGGCCAUAUCUUGCCCCUACCCUCCGUCUUUGUUGAUGAACCCAUCAAGCCACGACAUUGUAACCAUGGAAUGUUCCACGAAAAUAUAUUUGAGUGUGGCGCUUCUAUGCCUGGUAGCCGGCGGGCUACUGAAGUCAACAUCUGUACAGUCACAGACGCAAGACCUGAGAGAAUGGGAGCUGCCAUCGGAUCCUCAUCCCGUCGCAGGCGGGGAACCAUUGAUGGCACAUCCAUCCCACUGUCUGCUCUCCACCAGAAGGAGUCAAGGGCGCCUCAUCUCAUGGACAGGAUUCGAGAAGGGGGCAGGUCGAUCACGAGAAGAUUGUCUGCUGUUUUCCAAGGAGUUGUGGUGUCGAAAGGCACAAGAGCACCCGCUCCAUCAGCCGACUCGGAGGACCACUCAGCAGACGUGCAGGCAUCUCAGCGUCUCGGUGGGCGCGACUCAGGUGGCACUGAGUAUCUCGAUCCUUUCGUGAAGAGGACUGUCGGUAGCCCGGUGGUAACAACCCGUCGAAACACUUGUUCGGAAGAUUGCCAGCCACAUGCCUGUGAGGGGGACAUGAGCCCGAAGAUCCAUCCUGCAAACGGUUGAGUGAGGGAGAAGAUCCCUAGAAUUUCGCUUAAAUUGCACGAUGAACUACCUCACCUGAAACGGCCCAGAUUGACCGGCCGGUAAGCAGCUUUAGACAAAACCC